GGGCUCAGGUUGGACAUGGAUUAUUGUAAUGAUCCUGGAAGGCUCUGAAUUUGAACCUGAGUGAAAAAUGAGACUUUGAGCCCCAAUUCAGAGGCGGUCUCCGACCACCAAGGCACUGCAUUUUGAAAUCCUUCGUUUUUCCAUUGUGUUGGUUAAAUAUCCUAAAGACAAGGGUCAAAAUAUCAGCCAUAUCUUUCUUUAGCUAUCUAUCUACAUGUAUGAACUUGGUUUAUCGUUGAUAAAACGUUCUGCUCAAUGCAUGAUGUGCAAGGAACAUUUUCGUUUCCCGCCAAGUGGUGUCACUUCCUGUAAGACAACUUCCGCUAGGAAUGACAACAACAGACAGCUGUUGUCAAGAUGGCGGAUGGCUAUGGAGGAGAGGAGGGUCCCCUGGACGCUGAAGAAGCCGGGGAUCAAAUUAAAUCAAUUUCGAGGCGUUGUAGAGGCCGUCCCAGGCUCACGGAUUCUGACCGAGCACAAAGACGCCUCGAGUCCCGCAAGAAGUAUGAUGUUAGGCGAGUUUAUCUUGGAGAAUCUCACAAGGUUUGGAGUGAGCUUCGCCGGCGAACGAGUUUGAGUGACGCUGGACUUGCCGAGUACCUAAUCCUGCUCAACUCCACGUACGGGGAGAUAUACCGGCAAAAAUACGGAGGGAAGACAACCCCAGAAGUAUGUACAAAACUGAAAAUAGGGAAAAAUGAGAGAGUGUCUAGCCUAUGUAGCAUGGUGACCUGGUACCAGGAUCACUCCCAAACCUGUCCACAUGAACCGCAGCUCAGAGCUCUGGAACCCCAACCUGGAUUCUCCACCUCUGCUAUCUGGCAGUGUGAUGCUGACCAUUCAUUUGUGCAGCACCUCUCCUCGCCACCAAGAGGGGUCAGUGAGCUUGAGAUGGAGACAGAGAUGGAGGAGGAAGUUGACAGGGACACAAGGACAGAGGAAACUGGAGGAAUCAUGACCAGGAGGAGGAGAAGAGAGACAGAUGCCCACAGACAGCUCACUGAUGCAGGAGGGGAUUUGGAAGUGGCCGGAGCCCCGGUGACUAUGGAUCAGGUGGAGCAGGCCACGGCUCUCAGCCAGCUCCCAGGGAUGGAGGCCCCAUCCAGGGACACUCCACUGAUGGAGCAUCUCUCUGAGAAUCAGUCUGUCUGGGAGAUGGAGGUGGUGAUGGAGGCAGGCAGACAGCAAGCCCAGGAAUCUGACGAGGAGGAGACAGGUUACAAUGCUGUAGGGGAGGACAUCAACCCAGAGGAGGAGGCGGAGGACCUGAGAAGAGACAGGGGAGAUGAAGGAGUGGGUACAUCACAAGAUGGCUACGAGUGUGUUGUAGUGACUGCAUCCUUAACUGACAGACUGGACAAAGCCGAUGAGGAGGACACCACACAGACAUUGGGUGACACAGUUGGUGUAGACACUCAGACCAACCUCCAUCCAGUCCCAGCCUCUAUGCAGGUACCUGGGCAAGGGGAGCUAUUUGAUUCUCAGACACUACAGACUGUGGGGACCACCUGUGAGAUACCAGACCAGCGAGGAACUCUGGACGGUUCUCAGCUGAUCAUCAUCACUGGCCCCAGCUAUGAGGCUUUGGCAUCCGAGGGCAUCCAGCUCAACAUGGGGGGCGGAGACGUGGAGGAGGUCACCUGCACUGUCAUAGAGGGCGUGGCUUACAACCAAAUGUGCCAGUCAGUGGCAGACUUUAAGACAACAGAGGAAGACUCCAUCACAGAUAUUUUUCUCUCAGGCCUCAAUGACAAGGAGCUGCUCCAGCCCCGUAUUGAGUCUCAUGGCUUGGAGCCGACCUGUGAGAGGGAGCUACAGAGGGGCCUAAGCAGAUGUAGAAGGAGCAGACGAGGUCCUGUCAUCGAGGCAGACGGAAUGCUCAAGAUGUUCCACUGUCCGUAUGAAGGCUGUAGUCAAGUCUAUGUAGCCAUCAGCAGCUUUCAGAACCAUGUGAAUCUGGUUCACAGGAAGGGGAGGACCAAGGUGUGCCCCCACCCCGGCUGUGGCAAGAAGUUCUAUCUGUCAAACCACCUGCAUCGCCACAUGAUCAUCCACUCAGGAGUCCGAGACUUCAUCUGUGAAACGUGUGGGAAAUCGUUCAAAAGGAAGAAUCACUUGGAGGUUCACCGGCGCACACACACAGGAGAGACGCCCCUUCAGUGUGAGAUCUGUGGGUACCAGUGUCGCCAGCGAGCGUCUCUCAAUUGGCACAUGAAGAAACACACCCCCGAGGCCCACUACAACUUCACCUGCGAACACUGUGGCAAGAGGUUUGAAAAGCUUGACAGUGUUAAGUUUCACAAGUUAAAAAGCCACCCAGACAAACAGGCAACAUAAGGCUCAGUGCUGCUGGAAUGUGCACUAAAUAUCAACUGGUCAGAGUCAGACCAGAAAGGGACUGAAUCUGUCGACACAAAGAAGAAGAGUGCCCAUAGACGGCGGGUAUGCCUUUUUGGGGAAAGAGCAGCUCUUUUGAAUUAACACUCUAAGGACAUUGCUUAGACUUGCUCACUAUAAUGGACUUUAGACCCUGCUCUCAAAGCUGUGCUGGACACAGCCUUUUUAGAGCUAACAGAGACAGCCUAGCUGUUGAUAUAGUACAUUUCUGCACAGUUGUUUACAUAAUGUGCUGUAUGCCUCUAAACCAUACUGUCUAUACCAUAUUAUUAACAUAUCCAUAGAUUCUUUCUUUUUUAUUCACUUUUAUACACUUGUCAUCCACAAUUGUAAUGUACUUGUUGGAAAAAAGUAUGUUAUUUUUGUUAAUGCUUGUGUUCUCAUGUCAAUACAUGUACAUGAACUGAUGCCUGCUGGUAAAAUGCCAAAACUAACAACUUACAUAUUCACGGGGAAAUUAUAAUUACAUCUUGAGUAGUAAUUGUAACAAUGUGCAUAUGGAUGUAAAGGACAUGUCAAUGGAUUCAGAAAGCAGAGUUGUGUUGUCACACAAGUGGGCUGCCUACAUUGAAAUAGAGAAUUGGUCAUUUUUGUCGUUGACCUGACCAAGGAGUAGUCUUUUUGUGUGAAAGUCUUGCAUCAUCUUUCAGGUCUGGCUGUUGUGCUAUGUGUCUAUGAACAGGGUGAUGUUGUCUUGUGGUUCUAAAAUGGCAAAUGUAGUUUUUGAAAACCUUUUUUUGUAAAGUUCCAAAGCAGAAUCGCUAAUUUAUAGUUAUGUUCUUUUCCUGUUUUCUGUAUCACUGAAAUUAUCAAUGUAAAAUAUGUGAAUAUGACCUAAAUAGAUUCUGUACAUAUUUCUGGAAGAUACAUUUGUUUGAGACAAAUGUAAAAUAAAAAAAGGAGUACUGUA